AUGCCUCCUGGCAAAGGACAGAUGACCCCGCUGCUGCACACCCCAAAAGCCUCAGCCAUCCCUCAGGGCACCCAUGGCCCCUCCUUGGGGGGCUGCGCUCGGCCCCCGAGGGGUCCCGGCUCACCCCAGGGUUGCAGCAAGAAGAGGAGCCGUUUUCGGUUCAUGGAGCGUCGGAUGCUGCUGGAGCAGAAAGGGCUGCUGAGCCCUCGCAGGUGCCUGGACAGCCAGACCCCUGCGGCAGAGGUGGAGGCAUGCAGGACGCUCACCAAGGCAGAUGGCACCAUGGCAUCCCGCUGCAGGAAGGUCCCCAAACCCAAAAAGGUCACCUCAUCCUUGUCACCAUCCGCCUCUCCAGACAGCAUAGCCAGGCACCACUCCGUGCUGCUGUCCCAGGGGAAUGGCACUUCCAAGGGGGUCCGGAUGUCCUCCCCACUCCCGCGCCCAGGCAAGUAUGUGGCCAUUGACUGCGAGAUGGUGGGCACAGGUCCUCAGGGCAGGCUGAGUGAGCUGGCACGGUGCUCCGUGGUGAAUUAUGAGGGGGAUGUAAUCUACGACAAGUAUGUCCGGCCUGAGCUGCCCAUUGUGGACUACCGGACGCGCUGGAGUGGCAUCACCAAGCGGCACAUGAAGAGUGCGAUUCCCUUCAAGGCUGCCCAGGCAGAGAUCCUGAAGAUCUUGAAAGACAAGAUCGUGGUAGGACACGCCAUCCACCAUGACUUCCAAGCCCUGAAGUACUUCCACCCAAAGGACAAGACCCGAGACACCAGCCGGAUCCCCGUGCUGAACCAGAGGGCAGGGCUGCCUAGCAAGGCCAAUGUCUCACUCAAGAGCUUGGCCAGGCACCUGCUCCAGAAAAAAAUUCAGGUGGGCAGCAAAGGACACUCAUCGGUGGAGGAUGCUCAGACGGCCAUGGAGCUGUACAGACUGGUGGAGGUGCAGUGGGAGACGGAGCUGGCCCGCAGCCUGCCCGCCCGGCCCCCCAGCCCUGUCACAGACCCCACCGCAGACAGCAGCCAGUACAUGGAUGACCGGUACUGGCCCACAGACCUGAUGGCAAGCAGCCUGUGA